CGGGCGCGCUGUGCGCCUGCGCCGGCCCUCGCCUUGGAGCAGCCAUGAUGGAAGGCCUGGACGACGGCCCCGACUUCCUCUCCGACGAGGACCGCGGACUUAAAGCAAUCAAUGUAGAUCUUCAGAGUGAUGCUGCCCUGCAAGUGGACAUUUCGGAUGCUCUGAGUGAGAGAGAUAAAGUGAAAUUCACUGUUCACACAAAGAGUUCAUUGCCAAAUUUUAAACAAAACGAGUUUUCUGUUGUUCGACAACAUGAAGAAUUUAUCUGGCUACAUGAUUCCUUCGUUGAAAAUGAAGACUACGCAGGUUACAUUAUUCCACCAGCACCACCACGACCUGAUUUUGAUGCUUCAAGGGAAAAACUACAGAAACUUGGAGAAGGAGAAGGAUCUAUGACAAAGGAAGAAUUCACAAAGAUGAAACAGGAACUGGAAGCUGAAUAUUUGGCAAUAUUCAAGAAGACUGUUGCAAUGCAUGAAGUUUUCCUAUGUCGUGUGGCAGCACAUCCUAUUUUGAGAAAAGAUUUAAAUUUCCAUGUCUUCUUGGAAUAUAAUCAAGAUUUGAGUGUACGAGGAAAGAAUAAAAAGGAGAAACUUGAAGAUUUCUUUAAAAACAUGGUUAAAUCAGCAGAUGGAGUAAUUGUUUCGGGAGUAAAGGAUGUAGAUGAUUUCUUUGAGCAUGAACGAACAUUCCUUUUAGAAUAUCAUAACCGAGUUAAGGAUGCAUCUGCUAAAUCUGAUAGGAUGACCCGAUCCCACAAAAGUGCUGCAGAUGAUUACAAUAGAAUUGGCUCUUCACUGUAUGCUUUAGGAACUCAGGACUCUACAGAUAUAUGCAAGUUUUUUCUCAAAGUUUCAGAACUGUUUGAUAAAACAAGAAAAAUAGAAGCACGAGUAUCUGCAGAUGAAGACCUCAAACUUUCUGACCUUUUAAAAUAUUACUUAAGAGAAUCUCAAGCUGCUAAGGAUCUCCUGUAUCGAAGAUCUAGGUCACUAGUGGACUAUGAAAAUGCUAAUAAAGCACUGGAUAAAGCAAGAGCAAAAAACAAAGAUGUUCUGCAGGCUGAAACAUCCCAACAGUUAUGUUGUCAGAAAUUUGAAAAAAUAUCUGAAUCUGCAAAACAAGAACUUAUAGAUUUUAAGACAAGAAGAGUUGCUGCGUUCAGAAAAAAUUUAGUGGAGCUGGCCGAGUUAGAACUGAAGCAUGCAAAGGGUAACCUACAAUUACUGCAGAACUGCCUGGUGGUAUUGAAUGGAGACACAUAAGCCACACUCCUCCUUUGGUCAAAAAGGGCUGCCUUCCUUGAGAUUUUAUUUUUGUUUUCUUAAUGACGUUAAGCAUUUAAUGCUCACUGGAAACAAAAGAAAAAGCUGGUAAAAGCUCAUCUACCCUCCCCCCCUUUUUUUCUUCUGAGAAACAGUGGAGCAGUACCCGCCACAGGUGCUGUCAGUCUGAGGAGACUGCACUCCUGCACGAGCUCCCUGGACACUCGUCCAUUGUCGAUCACCGUGCGCUCUUCUUCAAAAGCCCAAAGCUCCUUUGGUGGUUAUUUUACAUAGCUUCUGUAACCAUGUUUAUUUUAUGAAUACUACUCUUAUGGUUGCCAGUCUUACUUACCUUUAAUCUGUAAAGUUUAACUCUUUCAAAAUACACUAUUCAAAGGAGAUUAAAAAAAUGCUAUUACUUUUUUUUUUUAAACUUCAUAUACCACCUUACUUUAUUCAUGUAUCCUGGUAAAGAGUUGUAAUCAGACUUAUUUUUAAUUAUGAUGAUUUCUUAUAAGUUUUUGGACAGGCUUUCUGUAAUCUUUAUAAGUAUGAUCUCUGAAGAGCAAAUGCAUUAGUAUGUUUGCCUUAAACUUGUAGAUUAAACCACUAGUUAGCAAAUAAACAGUGAUAACAGUGAUACUUUUAAACUCUGUAAGUCAUUGUAUCACUUAAAAAUUUGGAGUAGCUGGGAGUCAGGUGGUAGCACAGCAGGUUAAGCGCAUGUAGCGCAAAGCGCAAGGAUCGGCUAAGGAUCCUGGUUCGAGCCCCCAGCUCCCCACCUGCAGGAGAGUUGCUUCACGGACAGUGAAGCAGGUCUGCAGGUGUCUGUCUUUCUCUCCCCCUCUGUUUUCCUCCCCUCUCUAUUUCUUUCUGUCCUAUCCAACAAUGACAUCACUAACUACAAUAAUAACUACAACAAUAAAAAACAAUGGUAACAAAAGGGAAUAAAUAUUUAAAAUUAAAAAAUUUUGUAGUAGCUAUAGUAGAUCUAUGUUGCAUAUGCCUUAUAGUAUAGGCUUCUUUUGCCCAUCUUUUUCUUUCUUCCUUUCUUGUCUCGUAAAGUGGAAUAGUGAACCAAGUUCAACAGAUUCCUUUACAAAAUAAGGAACUUCUUCUCUGUGCUCUUGGCACUUCAUAGAAGGUGGGAUUGGGCAGACAUAUUCGAGACAACUAUUGCUGAAUUACUGGUUUCCGAAAAUCCAUCCUCGAUUCAGCUACUUAACCUUGUAAUGUCAUUUGAGCCACUUGGAAGCUGUCACACCAGUGUAAAUAUUGGUCUAUAAAGAGAGAGGUCUGUCACGAGGAAUAGCACUUGGUGUGGGAAGGACUAGAUUUUUUGGUCUAAAGGUUAGUGUACAAAAGGAAUCCACCUUUCUAAUGUAAAUGGACCCUUUUUCUAGUUUAAAAUUACUUUGGAUGGUGGGAAUUUUCCACUCUCAACUUUUCUCCCACUUGGAGCCCACGGCCAUUUGUGUAGGUCACUCUUCGGUUGGGGGUCCUCAUAUUGUUGCAGUCCCCAAGCUCCUGUGGAAAAUGCCUGGUCCAGGUCUCACGACAGGUCACGAUCACUAAUUGCUUCCUCUGCAGCAUGUUCUCUUGCCUCAUUGAAAUGCUGGUUCAUGUUUCAUCUCAUUAGUGGACAUUGUUCCCCAGUGCUGUUGAGCUGUUAACUGAGCGAUCCAUAUGUUUUGUCCUUCAUGUCACCUUCACUGUUAAAUAUAUAUAUGCCCAUGUGAGACCCACUAGUGGGGAAACAUGGGAUGGAGAGCCCCAGCUUCAAUUUACCCAAAUCUACCCCUGUACUGAUUACUUUUGUGACCUCAGAUAUGGUUUGCUUAACCUCUCUGCCUCAGUUUCUCUAAAGGACCUGUUGACCUACCUCACAGGGGUGUUGUGAGGAUUAAUAAAUGUUGGUACAGUA